UUAGCUUUAAAUUUUUAAUUUUUGGUUGGUGUAUACGUGUAAACUUGUAAAGAACUGUGGACUGUGAUAGUGUGAUUAUAAUAUUGUUUAAAGGUUUUAAGGUUAGCAAUUUAAGAAAAGAUUAUAAACACACAAAAAAAUUAUUGAUUUCGAAAAAAUUUUUUUCCCAUGUAUUUCUUAUGGAAUGAACCGUCACUCGUUAGUCUUAUCAAUAGACAAUCUAAUCCGAUCAACUGAUGAUUCUGAAGUUAAUACUGUUGUCUGUUUGUGCCUUGCUCAUUAGGACUUAAUAUUUAUCUUAAAAGUUAAAAUGCUUGGUUCAAUUAAAUAAAUUUAUUAUUCCCAUUUACUAUUGAUUUUUCAUAUUAUAUUAAUGUAUCUAAGAUACAUCUGUUAUAAUUAGGUUUUCGUAAAACCUUGGUUUAACUUGAGUUCAUGUGGUAGUUUCAUUUUUUAACAUGGUUAAAUUAAAGUUUUAUUACGAUUUAUUGUCUCAACCAAGCCGAGCUUUGUAUAUAUUUAUGAAGAAAACCGAAAUUCCAUUUGAACCAAAACCAUUAAAUUUAAGACAAGGAGAGCAUCUCACUAAACAAAUUGAAAGUUUAAAUCCGUUCAAAAAAGUACCUUUUAUUGAUGACAAGGGAACAGUUUUAAUAGAAAGUGUUGCAAUACUUCGUUAUCUAUGUCGAAUGUAUAAAGUAGCUGACCAUUGGUAUCCCAAAGACAUAAAAAAGCAGGCUCUUGUUGACGAAUAUUUAGAGUGGCAACAUAAUAAUACUAGAGCUCAUUGUACUCAGUAUUUUCGGUACAAGGCAUUAUCACCAUUAAAAACUGGCCAAAUUACAAAUGUUGAAAAGGUUGCAAUUUUAGAAAAACGAAUGAUUGAAAAUUUAAAUUUACUAGAAAAUAUUUGGUUAAAUGAUAAAUCGUAUUUGUGCGGAGACGAAAUUUCUAUUUCUGAUCUUGUUGCUGCAUGUGAAAUCGAACAACCAAGAAUUGCUGGUUUUGAUCCAUUAGUAGGUCAUCCAAAUUUAACCAAAUGGAUGACUAGAGUCCAAUCAAAGUUUUCACCUUUUUAUAAGGAAGCACAUGAAGUUGUCGAACAUACUGCUGAUGAAUACAAGUGUUAUGUUAAAGAAUUAAGUAAAAAUAAAAAACCAGUUCUAACUAAAAACAUGUCGAAGUUAAUAUUUUAUUACGAUUUAUUGUCACAACCAUGCAGAGCAUUGUAUAUGUUUUUUAAAAAAGCUGAUGUUCCGUUUGAAGGAAAAGUUGUGAACUUACUGAAAGGAGAACAAUUAGCAGCUGAAUUUGAGGCCAUAAAUCCAUUAAAAAAAGUACCAGUUAUCAACGAUAAGGGAUUUAUUCUUACUGAAAGCAUAGCAAUUUUACGUUACAUUUGUCGUACUCAUAAUGUAGCUGAUCACUGGUACCCUAAAGAUUCUGUGAAACAAGCACAUGUAGAUGAAUAUCUAGAGUGGCAUCACACAAAUACUAGAGCUGAUUGUGGUCUCUAUUGUUUACAUAAAGUAAUGUGGCCUUUAUUCAGUGGAAAACCAGUAAAUAAACAAAGAGUUGCACAGUUAGAAAAAAAAAUGAUUAUUACUUUAGACUUAAUAGAAAAUGUUUGGCUAAAAAAUAAAACGUUUUUGAGUGGGAAUGAAAUUUCUUUUUCUGAUAUUAUUGGUAUUUGUGAAAUCGAUCAAACAAAAAUGACCGGUUUUGAUCCAUAUGCCAAUCGUCCAAAUUUAUCUAAAUGGAAAAUGAGAACAGUAUCAUAUUUAAACCCAUAUUAUGAAGAGGCCAAUGAAAUACUUGAAAUGCAUGCAGCUUAUUUUAAAAAACAUGGUGAACUGAAUUCAAAAAUUUAA